AUGGUAAAAAAAAACUAUGGUGAUCCUUCUGAUAACAAGGACUUCAUUACUCAGUUUAGAGGUGCUGCAGUCGCCAUUUCCUCAGUUGCCUCAGAUGAAAAGAUUGCACUCUUAGGUGAUAUUCAAUCAUUUUUGAAGGAUCUACGUAUACUUGCUACCUGUUGUUACAUCUGA